AUGAUGAACAUAGGAGUAAGCUCUGGUGAUAGUGGAGGAGGUGGAGAGGCGUAAAAGCUUCUGGUAGAGUCACUGGUGGUGGUCUCUUCUUUGUGCUUUCCAAAAUAUUAAUGUCCCAUAAAACCCAGUCCUGUGUGGUUGACAUAUGAGGAAAAUCAUGUGUGACUGAUUGACGAGUCUAGUCGGCGUGGCAGCUUUUGAGUUACCCUCUUGCGAGUCAUGCCAAGGAACAUUGGCGUGUUUGAGGCGGUUAGGUUCUUGCCAAAACAGCUCUUUAGACGGAUAAUUUGUUUCUUCUCAAUCUCCACCGUCCAUCUAGCGUUCAUAGACCUCCCUUCUCUGUCUUGGUUAACGGAAUCUUCAUCUGCUAGAAGGUACUUAUCAUGGUAG